CUCACUCCCUCUCAAUGGGACGGACCCUGCGCUGCACUUCACGUGCACUUCAGGAAUUGCUUGCAGCGUUGCAGCGUGAGACUUGGGCCCCCUUUGGUUAAUUUGCCAUUUUUGUGGUUGGGAUGUUGGAUCUCUCUCGAUGAGGUUUGUGGGGUUCACCGCUACUUGUUAGCUGGAUUGAUUGGUAGAUUGCGAGGAAUUAGCGUUGACUGCGAAGUUUGUUGGCAUCAGCUAUGGCGGGAGCCGUGUCACGACGACCUAAGAGGCCAAUCUCUGCACCAUCGCAGGCCUCGGCGCCGGAUGAGUCGUCGGAAGAGAUUGUGCGAGGGUCCAGAGCAUCGCAGCAUGGCAAGAAGGUGAGCAGGGGGAAGGCAGCUGCAGAUUGGAUGUCUAUGCUUGUGACACUCCUGUUUGCGACGUGGCUCAUUUUUCGCUACCAGACGGAGAUAUUACCUUCUCCAUUGUCUGAGAAGGCUGCUGGGGUUAGAGGCUUUUCUGAGGAAAGAGCUUACAGGCAUGUCGCAGCGCUUUCUUCUUUGGGACCACAUCCUAUUCGCAGUGAUGCUCUCGGUCAUGCUAUUCAGUACGUGAUAGACCAGGUUACGGAGGUACGCGAUACAGCGAAUUCGGAGGUCGAAGUGGAGGUAGAUUACUUUCAUGCGAGACCAGGAGCGACACAGCUUACAGGAGGACUUUUCAAGGGAAAGAGUUUAGUUUAUUCUGGACUGAAGCACGUUGUCGUUCGAUUACAUCCUAAAUAUGAGGACAGUGCCCUGGAGAAUGCAAUUUUGAUCUCUUCGCACAUCGACACUGUUAUCACCGCACCAGGUGCUGGGGAUUGCAGCUCAUGUGUGGGUGUUCUGCUUGAAUUGGUGCGGGCGUUAUCCCAUUGGGGCCAGGGCUUCAAACACUCCAUCAUAUUUCUCUUCAAUACAGGUGAGGAAGAGGGUUUGAUUGGUGCGCAUAGUUUCAUGACUCAGCAUCCAUGGAGAGGAACGAUCCGUGCAGCAGUAGACUUGGAGGCUUCGGGCAUUGGUGGUAAACAUUGGCUGUUUCAAGGUGGUCCGGAUGCUUGGCUUAUUGAGACCUAUGCGAAGGUAGCCAAGUGGCCUGCCACAAUGAUGCUAGCUCAAGACAUAUUCCACUCUGGUUUGGUGAAAUCAGCCACAGAUUUCCAAAUUUUUAGAGAAAUUGCAGGCUUGACAGGGCUUGAUUUUGCUUACAUGGAAAAUUCGGCUGUUUACCAUACCAAAAACGACAACUUGGGGCUUUUGCGACCAGGGUCUCUACAACAUUCUGGAGACAAUAUGCUUCCUUUCUUACGUGAAGUAGCUACAUCAUCAGAGCUGGCAUCCCGUAAUAUGACAUAUCCAACAGGAUUUUCCAACAUGGACGUUGUUUACUGGGAUAUAUUGGGGUGGUACAUGGUGACUUACUCUCAGGGUUUUGCCAAGCUUCUGCACCACUCCAUUAUCUUUCAGCUUAUAAUACUUCAAGUUAGUGCUAUUUCUCUAUCAGGGAUUUCUUCCCUGGUAGCCGCAUGCUUAGCUUUAUUGACCAUCUACUUCACAUGGUGCUUUGCCAUAGGUUUCGCUCUCGUUGUUGCAAUUCUUAUUCCAUCUAUAGCCAGUUCGGCUGUUCCAUUCUUAGCGUCCCCGUGGUUAGUUAUACCACUGUACUGUGUUCCGGCUACCAUUGGCGCUUUGAUUGGUCAUCAUUUUGGUCAUAUGCUUCUUGUUUGGUACCUUUGCCAUGUUGAUGAAGAGGAAAACAAGGCCCAGUCAAAGUCAGACCAAGUUGCUUCAGUGGAAGGCCUUGUUGAAAAAGUUCCGCAAACAGUAUUUUGGGAGGCAGAGAGAUGGUUGUUCAAGGCGGCGAUUAUGCAGUGGCUAUUAUUGCUUGGAGUAGCAACAUGGGCAAAGGCAGGGUCUUCCUACUUAGCUCUUGCAUGGGUAAUUGGCCCUACUAUGGCGUAUGGGUUGCUUGAGGUUCGCCUCUCAUCUCGACAAGUAUUGAGGCAACUACGACAUCUUACGUUUUGGAUUGGUGUGCUCAUUCCAACCGUCUUGACGGCUUUUCCAUUCUUCCACUUCCCUCUUGCACUUACCAACAUGCUUGUGAACUUUGACAGGAAUCCUGGAGGUUUGCCGGUGUGGCUGGGGAGCGUAAUGAUAGCAUGUUUAUGUACGGCAAUUACGGUCUCGAUACUUGUGUACUUGCUCCCCUAUGUUCACCGUUCAGGAGGGCUUCCAUAUGUUCUCGGAGCACUAGGAGCUGUUCUAUUAAUAGCAUUGACAGCUGUUACUCUCAGCAUUUUCCCUGCCUUUACUGCAGAAGUCGGUCGAGGCAUCAAUGUUGUUCAUGUUAUUGAUACUGAUGCAAAAGAUGUUGAAAGUGCUGCAAAAUCAUUUAUCUCUCUGGCCUCUGUAACCAUGGGCAGAUUGGACGAAGAAGCAAAACAUACGGGUGAUUUAAACCUUCUGUGUAAUCAAAACAGUACUCUUGACUUUGUAACUUAUAAGGUGAAAUAUGGAUGUAUCAAGCCCGUCCCGCUGGAUGAAAGUUUGUGGGAGGCCCGACCUUCCUUAGUGGUGGUCAAUGAUGAAAAGGAUCCACCAAGAGUGACAGUUGUACGCCUGAAUGCUGGAGAAGCCUCCCGUUGGUUUCUGGCGAUAAAUUCAAACAAGAUAUCAGAGUUUCAGCUAGAAGCUCUUACAGAUUCUUCAUCUGCACAAGAUCCGUUGGUACCGGUCACGAAGGCAUUAGGAGUCGAUGGUUGGCAUCAUAUUCAAUAUAAUACAGAUGCCAGUGGUCCCAGAAAUUUCUUGCUCACCCUUCAUUGGUCAGAGAAUGAUACUGACGAAAAUGUUCUGAAGCUUCUGAAGUUGCGCACAGAUGUUGAUCUCACAACACCUGAAGUAGCAAAGAUGUUGGAGAAUCUUCCGAAGUGGUGUCUAAGCUUUGGAAAAUCGACGUCGCCCUAUUCAUUAGCGUACUUGGCAUCCUUGCCAGUUGAUUUGAACAAAGAACUCGCAACUCAAGCAGCUUAGACUUGGACCUAUAGCUUUUGGCCCCGCUAAUAACUUUCAAGGUAGUGCACGUUUUUGAAAGACGGGACCCCAAAAUGGUGCGUGCUGAAUGAAUUCAGGAAAUGCUGUAGAGGUGAUAAUUGGCAUUCAACUAUGUCGAUGACUCCAUUUUAAAGCACACUGAGGGUUUAUCAUUCUGCUGCUGGCUGUUCCCUGCCUUGCCUGUCGUAGCUGCUGUGGUACGCAUGAGAGUUGGUAUUCAGUGUUGUACAGGAAAUGCAGGGGCGACGUUGAGGCAAACAUAGUUUCUGUCACCGCUUUGAAACGUUGUGGCGGCUGUAUUUGAAAUCAUUUUGCAAGGUCGGUUUGGAUUGUACAAUAAACUCCAUAUUUACCAGUAUGUGUAAUAGCGAUCAUGUGUAUUAUAAGUGUUGAAGAUAAGCGGCUGUCAGGGAGGAUAUGAGCCAUAUGAGGAGAUGCAGUGUGGAUAGAAACUUUUAUCAGCAGGUAUGGUUUGUUAUCAUGUGAAAGGGCUCUAAAGACAUUACUAAGAGGCAAGUUCUAUGAAUCCCGAAUACUUUGCCUUGAAUAUUCAUUUUGCAAUUUCAUGCGAAGUCUUUGAGUUUGACCUCCCUUAGCAAAGAGUAGGUCUUUGAUUGAGAUGAAAUGAUUCUACACAUAUAGUUUUUGAGCUUUUAAGUUUCUUUUGAACUUACUGCAAUGCACUAUCUAGAGAUCUUGUGUAUUCAGCAUCGAAA